AUGAAAUUUCAUUCACACAGGAAACCGAAGAACAACGAAGAUGAUGACGACGAUCGUGGAAAGACUUUAGUUACGGAUUCAAGCGGUAAAGAUGUAUCUGAUCUUUUAUCCAAGGAACAAAUCCGAUGCCUCGCUCUCUACCAACAAGAUUCCCCUAAAUUAGGGGAAAGAUCCAGUUGGAAAAACUAUAGACCCUGGAGGCAAGAAAGGAAUCACCAGUCAGCCCGUCUUGAAAAGCAACUAAUGGCCCUUGAAGAACGAAUAGACAAGCAACUAAAACGAUUCCAAGCCCAAUACUCCCGGCCCUUGAAUCCAACUCCACCCAAGGAGGUGGCUAACCUUCUUAUGCCCAAAUCCACUCCACCUCUUGAACUUACCACACUCUCUUGGCUCGGUGACUGUCGUCCCUCUUCCAUUUUGGACCUCCUUAGCUCCCUGGUCAAGUCCUCACCCGGCCGACCCUCAGCAUUGACCCAUGCAGGUGCCAUGGAGAAGGCUAUAUCACAAUUGAUCCAUGACUUGCGGAUCGAGGAAGCUGUGAUUGAUGAAGAAAUGGCAGAAAUUCAAGCUAAUUGCAUCCUGAACCUCCCUUUUUCCCUAACAGUAGAAAAGCCCAGUGGGUUGGGUAUAUACCAAGUCCACUCCGAGCUCAAAAAGGUCCACCGCCUCAUUGUUAAGGCCCAAAACUUCAGGAAAAGUGCAUUGGAGACAGUGAUCAAGAAAAUCUUGUGCCAAAGUGAUGCUGCUGGAUUUCUGCUUGCCUUUUGUGAAAUUCAAGAAACUGUACAUCAGUUUUCCAGAGACUAUAAAUUGAGGAAAGGCCCAGUAUGUGUGUCAUUGAGUCCUGGUUCAGAAAUGGUGGGGGUUGACAGUAGCAACUCAAUAAGCUCCUUCGAAAUGGACUGAUGAGAGGCAUAAAUAUAUCUGGUAAACCAUUUAGUACUAACCAUGACAGCUAUGAGCCUGCCUGCCUGCCUGCACCCCCACAUUGUUCUGUAUGCAAAAAUUUUAGGUGUAACCCAACUGCACACUAUAUGCAUAUCAAUAAUCAAUGUUGUUCUUUCACAUCUAUCUGUACUUGCAAAUUAAAUGUGUACUUACAUUUAAGGUAAUUUUU